AUGAAGAUGAACUUUGAUUCUAAACCAAAUUAGGUAGCUCAUAAAUAAAACAUGGAAAAACUUUAACCAAAAAAUGAUUUUUAAAACUUAAAUGAAAGUGUGAUGACUAUGUCAAUGUAUAAAGAGGAAAUGGUUUCAGUUCUAGAUAUACCCUACGAGGAGUCAGAAGUUAUUUAAGAAACAGUGAGGUCAUAUGCAAAAUAGGUCCCAAAAAGUCCUAUUAAACGAAACUUGAAUAUAAAUAUAGGAGAAAAAUCAAUUAAAGAAUUUAGCUUUGCAGACUAAAGUGGAGUGCUUAAAAAUAUUGGUAACAACAGCAAUAGCAGCAAGAAAUUUUGUAAAGAAGUUGGGGAUGAGUAUGAUUAGAUGAAUAUAAGUCCUAGAUAAAUAAAGAAGCAAGGCAAAGUAAAUAAGUUCAUAUAAUUGAAUGAAAAUGUAGAGCCAAAACCAGGAAUUCACGCUUUACAGAAAUAAACAAAUUCUCGCUUAUUUGAUGAUAGAGAUGACUAUUUUCAUACCUUAUAAAGCAUCUCUCCAAGAAAUGAUUAAAUUCUCAACACCUAAUCUUAAGAAAGAUCGUUUGUUAGCUAAAUUUCUUAUUAUAGCUAUACACAACCUUACAAUUAAUACGAUAAAGAAAAUGCACAUUCAGGAUAUAUUAGCUAUUCUAAUAUAAGACCAAAAAAGUCACUUUUGAAUUCUUUCCAAAGAAUUUCUUAAAAAUGGCUUGUAAAUACAAAGCAAUUAUAUAAUGAAACAUUUAACAAUCGUAAGAGGUGCAAGUGUGAUAUUAAUCUUACAGAAGGGGAAACUUGCUCAUAAGCGAUAGCAUGGCUAAAAUAGUAAUAUAGAAAUAACGAUUUUUAAAAAAUGAAAGAGUAGUAUAAAUCUCUGCUAUAAAUGAAAGAAAUAUAUCAGUAAUACAAACAUUAAAUUGAUUUGGAUGCUGUGAGGACCUACCCAUCAAGCGGCUUAUUUCAUGAAGGCGCUCCACUAUGCUAAUCCUUAAAAAAUGUAUUAUACGCUUUUUCAGUUUACGAUAUAUAAGUUGGUUAUGUAUAAGGUAUAAAUUUUAUUGUUGGACUUAUGCUUUAUCAUGCUGAAGAAUAUAUAGCUUUUUGGUUAACAUGCAUGAUAUUUGAAUCCCUAGAAAUGAGAGACAUUUAUUUGCCAUAAUUACCAGGAAUCAAGAAACAUACUUACCUAAUUGAAUUUUUAAUGUGGAAGCAUACACCAUACAUUCAUCAAAUAUUUUUUGAUAAUGACAUAAAGAUAGAAUAAAUAUGUUAAUCAUGGAUCAUCUCAUUAUGUGGAAUUCUAAUUCCAUUAGAUUAAAUGACUUAAUUUGUAGACAAACUUUUGAAAGAAGGCUGGAGCUUCUUUUAUAGAUUUGUUAUAACAUAUAUUUUAUUCCAUGAAGAUGAUAUACUUAAGUAAGAAGUACCUGAAGAUGUAGUAGCACUUCUAACAAGUCAAUCUUAUCAGCUAGAAUUUUAAACUAGAGAAGAAGGAAUAUAAUGGGAUUAGCUGAUGAAAUCAGCACUAAACAUAAAGGUAAAUGAAUCUAUAAUUCGUGAGUUGCACGAAAAGUUUGACAUCGAAUUAAAAGAUUUUAGGAGAGAGUGA